AUGGAGUAUAUGAUUGUCUUGACACUUUUAGCUAGCCUGUUGUCGAAAUGCGAGCCACACGGGUACAUGUUCGAGCCUGCGCAGCGGUCCAGCAUUUGGAGAUUUGACAAGACAGCGCCUCAUAAUUUUAACGACAUGUCACUUUACUGUGGUGGAUAUAAGGUACAAUGGGAGGACAAUGAGGGUAAAUGUGGGGUAUGUGGAGACCCUUAUAAUGGAGAACGCAAAAACGAGGCAGGUGGAAUAUACGCUAAAGGUGUGAUUGUCCAAAAAUACACAAGUGGACAAGUGAUCAGGGUGGGAGUUAGAGUGACCGCAUUUCAUUUGGGCUACUUUCAAUUCAAAAUUUGUCCCCACAACAACCCAACCGUCCCCGUCUCUCAGGAGUGCCUUGAUCAGCAAAAAUUAAAACUCGCGGGAACGAACGAAUAUCGUUUUUACCCUACCAAGGAUGGGGAUUACUACCUCCAACUUCAGCUUCCGGCAAACAUGACGUGCUCGCAGUGUGUGCUGCAGUGGAACUACACUAAUUGGAACACACCCGACACAUAUAAACAAGAAACCUUUAUCAAUUGUGCUGACGUCGCUAUUUCCAACGACUCAUCAACCUCUAAUGUCUCUACCUCUCCAACGUGGCCAACUACAGCCCCGAAGAGCGAUUGCCAAAAUGGUUACAUAAAAAUGUGUCAUGGAGAGCCUGCUGAGGACACGGGUUUUCAGCGACAUUGCAACGAGAACUGUAGAGAGCCUAAUAUUAACGAAGAAGCAUGCACAGCAUAUAUAUGCAAAUGUGCAUGUCAGAAGAUUGACUGUAAGGCAACUGGUCCAUAUGAGGGAAUGAUUGAUCAGGAUGCCUGGUGUCUCAGAGAGUGCACUCUUAACAGUGAUCUCUGCAAAAAUGUAGAGAGCUGCAAAUGUACAAAAUUAUAA